AAAAAACCAAAAAAAACCCCAACAGGUCAUACAAAUAGCGGGAGCAGAGCGCUGCAGGCUCAUCGAUUGGGACUAGCCUUGACGACUCUGGGGUGGACGCAUCUUUUGACAAGGUUUGAGGACGUCCAUCAAAAUGAAACUCUUUCUGAGGGUUCUCUGCGCCGCGUGCCUGCUCGACGCAGUCCCGAGCCAGGAUAUGCCCUACGAGGAACGAAUGGCCCAGAUCCGAGCAUGCCCCCCAGAGUGCCACUGCCCCUCCGACUUCCCGCGUGCAGUCUACUGCGACAAUCAAAGUCUGAAGAGCAUCCCCCCGAUCCCGCCGUUCACCCGCUACCUCUACCUGCAGAAUAAUCUAAUCCAAGUCGUCUCGGCCGACGCUCUGCGCAACGCGACCCAGCUGCGUUGGGUGAACCUGAGUCGCAAUAAAAUAACCAACGAGGGAGUGGAAAAAGGCACCCUGGAUGCAAUGUCGCGUCUGGAACACCUCAACCUGGAUGACAAUCUCUUGUCCUGGGUGCCAUUUCCUCUCCCGGCCAGCUUGGAGCACCUUAGUCUCUCUCGCAAUCGGAUCUCCAAGAUCCCCGACGGGGUCUUCUUUGGCCUGGAUAAGCUAACCUUCUUAGACCUGCAGGCGAAUAAGCUGAUGGAUGAUGCCGUGACUGAGGUCAGCCUGAAGGGUCUUAACAACCUGGUGCAGAUCAACCUCGCCAAGAACCAGUUGAGCAGCAUGCCUCUUGGCCUGCCGCCCACCACCACUCAGCUCUUCCUCGACGGCAACAACAUCGACAAAAUCCCCACGGGCUACUUCAAGGGUUUACCCAAGGUGGCUUUCCUGAGGCUAAACCACAAUAAGCUGGGCAGUAGCGGCGUUCCGAACAACGUGUUCAACAUCUCCAGCAUCCUGGACCUCCAGCUGUCACACAACCUGCUCACCGAGGUGCCCCUGAUCCCCGCGGGCCUUGAACAGCUGUACUUGGACCACAACAAUAUUAAAAGCGUGAGCGGCUCCGACGUCUGCCCCACGGACAUCGACGGAGCGGACGGCAACGACGGUGUGCCGCGACUGCGCUACCUCCGAUUGGACGGCAACGAUAUCGAACCGCCGAUUCCCAGGGAUGUCAUUCUGUGCUUCCGUCUCCUUAGGUCCAUUGUCAUUUAAUUUUUUUUUUUUUUUUUUUUUUUAAGUGUCUCUACCGCGAAGAACAGUCUGAAUGGCGUGACAACGGACAAAAAACUCAUUUUCAGUUUUAGGAAGUGUAAAUAAAUCAGGCAGUUUAACGGACCACUAGUUGUGCCUUCACUGUACAAAUCUAUCGAUCAUCUAGAUAAUAUCCGAAGAUGUCUUCUUUUGACUUCCGCUUAUUUUCUACUAUUUUAAGAUAAGCUGUAGACCCAUUCGUACUUUUUCUACACGUUCGUACUGACUAAUGGCAAUUUAUUUUUUAUCCAAUUCUGGUCUUUGCGUAUCUGAAAAACUAAGAUGUAUUCUCUUGUCUUCAGUUUCAAUAAAGCUAUUCACGAAUGCAG